GACUCUGAGAAGCCUCACACUUUCAAUUUCACACUCCAACACUACUACACUAGACACCGGAUCCGCCAGAGCUAGCAGUUACCAGUUAAAUGCCUGUGUACUAACUUCUACAAUCAAAAUCUGUGCACUUUCUAUACCCAUUUCAAGCAGUGGUGCUCAUUAUCAGGGUAAUAAGAUUAAGACCCGAAAAUGAAUGCAGAUCUGCAGCAGAAGAAGAAGAGGAAGGAGAACGAGAGCUCGAAGAGAAGCCCAUUGCUAGAUUUUAAUAAAAUCCCCAAAUUCACCACCAAAAGAAGCAACACCUCUGCCGCUUCUUCUUCCUCUUCUUCUUCUUCGUCGUCGUCAUCUAUUGGGGCUUCAAAAUCAUGCCUUCGUGUUGUACUCUCUUCCAACAAUUCCUCUUCGAAGAGUGCUCCUCGUAAAAAGCCCACAUCUUUUUUCAGCACAAAGACUGGAAAUCUGAGGUCAAACUCCUCUAAAGAGAACGUUUUGCCCAGACCCAUUUCAGAAAACUCCAAAAAGAACGCACCGUCCCUCUACCAAUGGCAGUCCGGGAAGAAACCCGUAUCCAGAACUUAUCAAAAAUCCAAGCUUUGUGCUGAUCCGUCCGAUUCCGGGAAGAACCCGAGAUCUGGGUCAGAGAAAGUUGCUCUAAAUCGGGAGGGUUUGAAGCGAGCGGAGCCUAAAAACGGUUCAGGUAAGCAGCCAAUCCAGCUUUUUAACUUGGAUAAUAGUUUUAGUAGUUUUGAGAAUCGCACUCCUGUUGGGAAAUUAGCAUCCGGGUCUGGUCUAGAUUGUGGUAAUUUUGUUGGUGAAAUUUUGGAAGAGGAAUCCAAUGGAAAAACUAACACUAGCAUUGCUAAGACCCCUCCCAUUGAAGCCUCAGUGUCCCCUGAGAUUCCAUAUGGGUUGUCUGCAGUUCUGGCUUCAGCAAAAACUCCUUGUUAUGGUGCUGGGCAUGUUCUCUCAGGGGUCACCGAUAAACGAAAAUGCAGGCCCAGAGGGGUUCUUACUGUAGGGCCUGUGCUUGAUUCCUCAUUGAAGCGUUGGAAAGCUGAUGAGAGUAAUAAGGAGAGUGUUAAUAGCAGGGUGGUUUACAAGUCAAGGACUUCUUUUGUGCCUUUGCCUGCUGAGGCCUCAAUGUGUUGGCUGUCAUCUCCCUGUGGUGAAGGAGAUGGCACCCGUAAGAGUGGUUCAGCUAGCCAAUUCCCGGGGUUGAUGGGCUCUGCCACUCUUGAGUUACCGCCUACUACUUCUGAUUUAGAUUGCGAUGGUAGUACUGUGGGGAAGACAAGGAUUGUUUUGCAUUAUCCGAUGGAAUCUGAAUUGCAAGAGUUAUCGAAGCCUUCCUAUGAGAAAAAUGACAGCUUUGUGAUGGAUAAUUCUCCACAUUCUACGAGCACGUUAAGCUGUGGUAAUGUCAUUCAGACCCCCAAGUCGGAUUCAAGCUCAGCCCUAGAUUUUGGAUUGUCGUGGGUUAAUGUAGAUGAACAUCAUAAGCAACCUGGAUUUGAAUAUGAACUUGAUGAGGUUACAGAAAUUCUUCGCAAAGCGAGCUUAUCACCCCAGAAUCAGAUGCCUACUCAUGAUGCUCCUGAGAUGAGUUUCAAGUUUACUAAUUCAACCUCGCCUUUUGGUUUCAUUGGCAUCACUGAAUGUCAAAAAUGUAGGGAUGCUGCUGCAUCUUUGCUUUCCGAUUCCUCAUUUGGAAAUGCAUCCGAGUCUAACAUGAGAAUAUCGUGGAGGGAUGGAUUAGUCGGUGUCAGUCGAACUAUUGAGAUGGAUGAGUUAGAUCGCUGCAGAUGGCUGUCAGAUGAAGAAAACGACAAUGUAUGCUGCGGUAAUGAUCAGAUGAAGUCAAUUCAAAGUUUUGAAGGCAGUGCCUAUGAAGAAAACGAUCUUGUGAAAAGUGUGCUUAAAUCUCCUGAAUUACUUAAGGAGGAACCUUGCAUUUAUAAGAAUGGGAAGAAAAAGUUGUCUCCACAAAGACCUAGUUCUUGUGCAGAGUCCAUAUUUACUGAUGGUGGAGGCCUAGUUUCUUCUGCAGAUUCAGAUUGGACUCUUUGCUGCAAAAGUCAGCAGUUUCGGAUUUGAUUAAUGCUUUGUGUUUAUUCGAGUCCGUUCUUAGUUGUGGCUUGCAGGGCGAAGAUUUGGGGGGAAGUGGUAGCCCCCAAACAUUUUUAAAAAUUUUAUAUGUUUACUUAUAUGGUGGUGAACUGGUGAUAUGUAUAAAUUAUAUAAAUAUUUCCUAGUUGCCCCCCACCCAAUAUACUUCUAUUAGGCUUUGGCCCCUCUCAGAAUGCUUUGUAUCAUUGGAAGACAGUUGUAUUGCUAAUUUUCAACUUCAGUUAUCAAGCAUCAUCACUUGUGAUAUCUGUUUGAUCUUU